UUCCCAGGGUUCAGUGAGAAAGGUUUGCCCCACCCCAUCUCUUCAACGCAAUCUAUCUCAAUGUACAAUUCCCACAGAACGGGAAAAAAGCAAAAAAAUACCCCAAAGAAACAGAUUUUCUCGCGUUUAUUCAGAAGUAGACACGGCCUGUCAAUGAAGAAAUUGCUGUCACGUUGGGAUUUGUGCUUUUAAACCGCCGUAUCUUCAUGUGUCUGUAUGCACAUGUAUAUCUACCAUCCGAAUUCAAAAGGAAUACAAAGCUGGGUCUGACAGCAGGCUGUAGCAGCGAGAAACUGGAAAAUAGCGAAGGAUUUUCUUAAAUUUGCUUCCGUUGGAAGGUUCACAACGAGUAUAAGACGAAUCGGUGCUCGUAAGUGGAAGGCUUACAGAUGUGAGGAGAAACGAAUUAGAGCGACAGAAAAACAGAGAAGGGCCAAGCCCUGCAAGCAGCCACCAUCGCCGGAGAGGAGGAAAAAUAAAAUAAUUUCUGGGAAUAUAACGGAACACCGGAGACUCGGUGGGGACAACGCCGUCUUUUUACGGAUUUAAAAGGAUUCGUAUUUUUAGAAGAGCUAGUGAAAAUGAUCUACAUGCCGUCGUUUUAGUGGAAAUAUUUAUUUUUAUUUUUUCGGUCUCUCUCUCUCUCGCUCUCUCUCUAUCUCUCUGUCUCUCUAUCUCUCUCUCUCUGUGGUGGAAGACGGUUUGGGAAGAAACAGAAAAUUCGACGUUCAUUGAACGGUGUUUUUAACAACAGUAAUAGCUGGCGCCGGGCUAUUAGCGUGACUGAUGGAUUCUCAGUGAGAAAUUUCAUAAAUCGUGUUUGGAUUUCUGUUCCUCCGUAAGACGUCGUGGAAAUCCCGAAACGAUUUCUUCAUGCCUUUGAACGUAACUUAAGAUGCAGAUACACGUUUAGCUUGUUUUAAAUGCAUACACAUUCAAUCAAUGAUAAUAUCAACAACAACAAUAAUAAUAAUAAAUAAUAAUAAUAGUAGGCCUAAUACAUAGAGGAAUUAUCAGUCUGAGAGGGCGGCCCGGGUGUCGUCAUCAACACUACCACCCGUUCUCAGACUGACUUUUACAAAAUAAUUACACGUAUAAAUUCUACUAGUAUUUAAAACUUGAUUAACGGUAUUACUAUUUAUACAGUACAUUCGUUGUGUUUGUAACGAUAUAUAAAUGUCACACAUCUUUGUCAAGGUGUUCAUUUUGUGGGCCAAUCUAGGGAUUUAGGCUUAUUUAUUUAUUUAUUUAUUUUAUUAACCCCCACCCCCUCCCCGAACCUUUUAUUGGGUUUUUGGGAAGAUGGGUUGUUUGGGCAACAGUAAGACUGAAGACCAGCGAAAUGAGGAGAAGGCACAGAGGGAAGCGAAUAAAAAGAUUGAGAAACAGCUUCAAAAAGACAAACAAAUAUACCGAGCAACGCACCGGCUACUACUACUAGGAGCUGGAGAAUCGGGGAAAAGUACCAUAGUCAAACAGAUGCGCAUCUUGCAUGUCAAUGGCUUCAACGCAGAAGAGAAAAAACUGAAAAUUCAGGACAUUAAAAAUAACAUUAAAGAAGCUAUAGAGACAAUAGUGGCAGCCAUGAGCACGCUGGCGCCUCCGGUCCAGCUAGCCAAUCCCGAGAACCAGUUCCGAAUCGAGUACAUCCUCAACUUAGCCAAUCAGAAGGACUUUGAAUUUCCAUCUGAGUUUUAUGAACAUGCAAAGACCCUGUGGCAGGAUGAAGGGGUGAAGGCCUGCUUUGAGAGAUCCAAUGAAUAUCAGCUGAUCGACUGCGCACAGUACUUUUUAGACAAGAUUGACAUCGUGAAGCAGAGCGACUACACUCCCACCGAUCAGGACCUAUUGAGAUGCCGAGUGCUGACGUCUGGGAUUUUUGAGACGAGAUUCCAGGUGGACAAAGUCAAUUUCCACAUGUUCGAUGUGGGAGGUCAGCGGGACGAACGCAGGAAGUGGAUCCAGUGUUUUAAUGAUGUGACGGCCAUUAUUUUUGUGGUGGCCAGCAGCAGCUACAACAUGGUGGUACGGGAGGACAAUCAGACCAACCGCCUGCAGGAGGCCCUCAACCUCUUCAAGAACAUCUGGAACAACAGGUGGCUCCGCACCAUUUCCGUCAUCCUCUUCCUCAACAAACAGGACCUGCUGGCCGAGAAGGUUUUGGCGGGAAAAUCCAAAAUCGAGGAGUACUUCCCAGAGUUUGCGCGCUACAUCACGCCUGAUGACGCUACGCCCGAGCCCGGGGAGGACUCGCGAGUCACCAGGGCGAAAUACUUCAUCCGGGACGAGUUCCUGAGGAUCAGCACGGCCAGCGGGGACGGCAGGCACUACUGUUACCCCCACUUCACCUGCGCCGUGGACACCGAGAACAUCCGGCGCGUCUUCAACGACUGCCGGGACAUAAUUCAGAGGAUGCACCUGCGACAGUACGAGCUUUUGUGAUGGAACGGGCAGAAAAGACAGACUCCAGCCUCCAAACCCCCUCCACCCCCCACCUGCCCCUCCUGACCCCUUAACCCCUCCCCCGUGACCUCUACCCCCUCUGCCUUUCAAUAAAAGAAAAAUUACAGUGUGAUCUAAAGACUUCUCAACACAGCAAUGACCACAGCAAGCCAGGGCCGCUGAACUCCACCAUACUUGCGCUCAGGACUGUAAUGUGUUUUCACACAAAUACACACACAUACACACACACACAGGCACACACACACACACACACACACACA